CCCGAGGCUCCGCAGUGCCCCGGAGGCCACCGGAAUACGGAGAAGGUUUCUUCCACUGCCCUGCCUUCUGAGGACCUCUGCCCUCUCCACGACGGCUUCUCCAGGUAUGAGGAGGAGAUGGAGUCAUGUUCUCAGCAGAUCCCAUCCCAGUCUCCUCUGAGCUUCAAGGAUGUGGCUGUAACCUUCACGUGGGAGGAGUGGGGACAGCUGGACCCAGCCCAGAGGACACUGUACCGUGAGGUGACUCUGGAGACCUGCAGCCACCUGGUCUCCUUGGGACUUCUGCUCACCAAACCAGAUGUGAUCUCCCGCCUGGAGCAAGGGGAGGACCCAUGGAAGGCGGAGUGGGGACCUCCUCGAGACCAGAAGUCUGCGCUGGAACGGAAAGAGUCACCUUCCAAAGAAGAUAUUGCUAUAGAAGGGCCCUCCCACCACUUGGAAGUAAAACAUUGUGUACAGGAGGAGGGCCCCUGGUUGGUCGCAUUAGAAAUGCAGCAUUCUAGGGAGCAACUAAGGGAGCAUCAGAAGGACCCUCAGAGUCCAGUGGUACCCACCUCAGAAAGACUAUUUGCUCAAGGGGGGGGUUAUCUGAAUUUAAGCAUCCUACCUCCGACAUUACACGUAAGAACACAUUUCCAUAAGUUCAACUCCCCGGUUAAAAAGUUGGAACAGAAUUCAGUUUUCAUUAAUCAUCAGCAAGGCUGGGCUGAUCUGAGGCCCUGUGAAGAUCAUCAAAGUGCUAGAGGCUUUUGUCAGAGAAUUUACUUGAAUAAACUUGCAAAUGUUGAAAUGGAAAAUAAAAAACCUUAUCUUUAUACUGUCAGUAGUGACUCUUUCAGCUAUGGUACCUCCCUUCGUUUUCUUCAUACAGUUUUUUCGGCAGAGAACAGUGAUGAUGGUAAGGACUAUGGAAACAUCAUUAAUCAUAAUUUGUCUCUGAAUGAACAUAAGCCCAUGCCUUUUGGGGAAAGUCAGCAUGAGUGUGACGAAUGCCUUGCACAAACUGAGAUAAGUGACCUUGCAGAAGCACCAUUCAGAUGUGAGGAGGACUGCGAUGCCUUCCAUGUGGCCUCGUCUUUUACUGACUGUGGCAUUAUUCAGACCAGAAAGAAGCCAUAUGCUUGUAAUCAGUGUGGAAAAUCUUUCAGCUGUUGCUCCAAGCUUGUUGUACACCAGAGGACACACACUGGAGAAAAGCCCUAUGAAUGUACUCAGUGUGGAAAGUCUUUCAGCCAGAGCUAUGACCUUGUCGUACACCAGAGGACACACACUGGAGAAAAGCCCUAUGAAUGUAAACAGUGUGGGAAAUCCUUCACCCAGAGUUCCAAACUUCUUAGACAUCAGCGAACUCACACUGGAGAAAAACCAUAUAAAUGUCAUGAAUGUGGAAAAUCUUUCAGGUGGAAUUCUAACCUUAUCGUACACCAAAGAAUUCAUACUGGAGAGAAACCAUAUGAAUGUACUCAGUGUGGAAAGUCCUUCAGCCAAAGCUCUGACUUUGUUGCACAUAAAAGGACUCACACUGGAGAGAAACCCUAUGAAUGUAACCAGUGUGGAAAGUCUUUCAUUCGAAGCACUCAGCUUAUUAGGCAUCUGAGGAUUCACACUGGAGAGAAGCCAUAUAAAUGCAGUCAAUGUGAUAAAGCCUUCACUGGGAGCUCUCACCUUAUUGAACAUCAGAGAACUCAUACUGGAGAGAAGCCGUUCGAAUGCAAUCUUUGUGGGAAAGGCUUCACUGGGAGCUCUCACCUUCUUUCACAUCAGAGAAUUCAUUCUGGAGAGAAACCAUAUGAAUGUAAUGACUGUGGGAAAGCUUUUCGGCAGCGAUCUCAGCUUAUUGUGCACCAGCGAAUACAUACUGGAGAGAAACCUUAUGAAUGCAGUCAUUGUGGGAAAGCUUUCAGCCAGAGGUCUCCUCUCAUUGUGCAUCAGAGAACACAUGUUGGAGAGAAGCCCUAUCAGUGUAAUAUGUGUGUUAAAGCUUUCAGUCAGAGGUCACGCCUUACUGAACAUCAGAGAACACAUACUGGAGAAAAGCCCUAUGAAUGUAUUGACUGUGGAAAAGCCUUCAGUGAUCGAUCAACUCUUACAAAACACGAGAGAACACAUACUGGAGAGAAACCCUAUGAAUGUAGUCACUGUGAAAAGGCCUUUAGCCAGCGGUGUCAGCUUACUAGGCAUCAGAGAAUUCACACUGGAGAGAAACCCUAUGAAUGUAAUGAAAGUGGGAAAGCUUUCAGUUAUAGUACAUCCCUUAUUCAACAUGAGAAAACCCAUGGGAGAGAUACCCUGUGAAUGGAUGGAAAACUGACUGCCAGACUUUCUUUACUAGACAGACAUCAGAUGACCAAGGUAUGGUUCUCGGAGUGUAGACUCAUGACCACAUUUAUUACAAUUGCUUGGAGUGUAUAUGUGUAAAAUGCACACUACCAAACUUACCCUCAUCUUACUAAAUCAGAAUCUCUAGCAGUUUAAAAAAAAAAAAAGUGCAGUUUCUAAAAGUGCUUUAUGUGUACACUAAAAUUUAUUUACCUCUGCCUUUUGCUGAGAUGCUAUGAAUAUAACCACAUGAAAAACACCAGUCAGAGCUCUCAGCAGGAGUUAAAAAACUCAAUGGAGUCGUAUCCACUGGAUAAUCUUUUUAGUGCAAAAAGCCACCCAAACUCAAUCAGACCCUGUCCCCUUAACAUUCCUGGAAAUGAUGGCAGACUGAAAACCCCACUCAGCAUUGCAUGAGGAAGGUGGUGUUUAAAGAUGAAAUUUGAAGCCAGACAUGUUUACUGUAAACAAACAAUUAAAAACACAAAAUGGGGAGUUCCCAUUAUGGCUCAAUA